AUGCCUUCCUGCAGUACAUCUGAUAGUUCUGGCAUAUGCACCACCGAAACCAAAAGGUUAGAAACAACAAACGAAAUAAAACCAGAAGACAAAGAUGAUAACUUAAUAAAAAACAACAUUAUCGCUAUGAUCCAGAGCAGAAUGAACAAAGAUGCUAUUAAAAAAAGUUUAGAUGACUUCACUAUGGUCAGACGAAAAACUCAUUUCUCUUUGCCGGGUAUCAUAAACAACUUUGAGAAUGUAGAAAAAGAUAAAAGUGUUGUUUAUCCAAUUUAUAGAAGCAAUAAUGUAGGUAUUAAUAAUCUAAAAUAUCCAAACUAUGUGGCAACCCCAAGAUCGAUUGAAAAUGAUAAUAAUUUUAAUGAAAUCAAUAAUAAUGAUGAUGGACCAGAGAUAAAUUCCAUAGUUCAUUACAAUGAGUAUGAAGAUUUAAUAGAUGAAGAGGCCAAAAAUGAUAUGGAAUACUUGUAUAAUAAAUAUAAAGAGAAUAAUUUCGUAAACGUCCUCACCCAUGAUCAAGAAACUGAAUUAUUAAAAGUAUUAAGAAAACAAUCAGAAUUAAUAAAUAAUAUAAUAAGAAGUAAAAGUAAAGGCAAAGAUCAGUCUGACAAAAAAAAGGAUGCAAAAAAUUCAAAAGGUAGUAAAAAGGAGGAUGCUAAAACUACCAAAAAGAAAGAUGGUAAAGAUGCUAAAACUACUAAAAAGAAAGUAAGUAAAGUUGCUAAAACUACUAAAAAGAAAGAAAGUAAAGAUACUAAAACUACCAAAAAGAAAGAAAGUAAAGUUAAUAAAACUACCAAAAAGAAAGAAAGUAAAGAUACUAAAACUACCAAAAAGAAAGAAAGUAAAGAUACUAAAAAGACCAAAGAGAAAGCAAGUAAAGAUACUAAAACUACCAAAAAGAAGAAAAGUAAGGCUACCAAAGAAAAAGAUAGUGGUAAUAAACAGGACAAAAAGAAAGACGAUAAAAAAGAAAAGACUAAAAAAUCAACAAAAAAAACAACCAAAAAGACAGGCAAGGAUUCAAAGAGUGAUGGAAAGAAUAAAACUAAAACUCCUAAAAAAGAUAGUAAGGAUAAAAACGGUAAAAAGAAAGACGACAAAAAAGAGACGACUAAAAAACAAACAACGACAGUGAAAAAGUUAACACAAACACUAACCACAACGACAACUACUAAAAAACCAACCCCAAAAAUGCCAAAACCAGAUGUUGACUUCGACGAGCUCAUGGCUGAAUAUGAGAAAAAAAUCGAACAUGCAAAAAAACUGCCCAAUUAUACACCUUUCACUUUUGAAACGACUGCUACCACACUAACUGCUAAGCCGACUAUUAAUACCACCACAACUACGAAUAGACCAUCGACAGUUCUAACAAUUCUCAACGAAAUGGACGUCAGAUCUGCUUUAAGGAACAACCCUUACGUAAAAAGAAUAUUGCAAAUGGCGAACAGAAAACGGCAGAAGUAUUUAAAGGAAUCUUUAAUAAAAAUCGUUAACUAA